CAAACGGUUCUGACAGCUUGCCUGUUUUCUUUGCAUGCAGUCAAAACUCGUGCACGUGCAUUGCUCGUUUCUUUGUGUUUUGCAUUAAAAUAAGAAAGUUUGAGCUUAUCACUAUCGACAAAAAUGAGUAAAUUUCGCUCAAAGCUAAAGAGGAAAGAUGGAUCAAAGCGAUGGAAGAAAGGAGGUGCUUCUUCGUCCAAUCCUCAAGAAAGCAAACAUCGCAAUAAGGCAAAAAGCCGGUUCUUCCAAGCAAAUCUCAGCCUUGCUCCACCGGGUGAGCAAACCGACCAGAAAAGCAAAUUAACACUGGAUGCUGUGCUAAAACAUGAAGCCAUUCAGUCAUACGGUAGUGGAGGUUCGGGCAGAACCAAACCACCGACAGUGCACGAUAUUGCGACCAGCAUGAAAUCAUUUAGCAUGAAAGAUGGCGACGAUGAAAUGAUGUCCGAUUCACAGGUGGGAACGUUCAAAACCUUCCAAACAUUCGCCUCGAACUGGAGUGCUUGUUCAAACAUGAGCUUCAAGAAACUUCUGACCAGCUUCCGUGCAGAUUCUCAACUGCAAAAAGAUAUGCUUGCAAUACUGGCAGCGCUUACAGAGGUCAUCAAGGAGCAGUCGGGUACCCAGAGUAGUACAGAAUACUUUCUCGCCCUGAUGGAGACGAUUGAAGCGGCCAAAGAGGAUAACGACAUCAAUGCGGCCGUUUCACUACUAGCAAUGGGUAUUAAGUCCGUACCGCAGGCCGUCCUGCGUCACAAGUUCUCCGACACGGCACAAACACUGCUAGCUCUACUGGAAAGAUAUACCGAAACGGAGAACCAUGCCAUGGUCCGUAAUCUGAUCGGUUGCGUAUCGGUAUUGUUACGGGCGCAAGCGUACGACCAGUGGAAGAUGUCUUCAACACUGAAAUUUUUCGACGCCAUACUAGCGUUCACCACACACACCAAACCGAAACUACGUAAAGCUGCUCACCAUGCUGUGGUCGCCGUGAUUCAUGGCAGCUGUUUUAUGCUGCCACCCAAGCAAAGCCUUGAUGAGGCAAAAGAACAAGCCGAUAGUGACCGUCCCGAACAAUCACAGAAAGCGACCCACGUCAAGCAUCACCCUGCGGGAGGUCGUGUGGCACGGUUCUGUGUCGGGCAAUUUAAGCCGGAAAAUAUUGCGAAUAACCAAACGAUCAUUCUGCAUAUACUUGGACUGCUGCAUAAUGCGCUGCCCGGAUUCAACAAAGAGGACAUCAAGAUGGUAUCGGAGAGUCUACUGUCGAUCAUGACUGCCACGAACGUCCUGAUUCGUACGAAUUGCUUCCAAACCUUCCACUCACUGUUUACGUCAAAGACGGAAAAUCUCACUCCCGUGUUGGCCGGAAAGCUACUGUCCGCGCUGUACGAUUACCGUCCGGAUCGGUCUGAUUCGCGUCAGAUCAUCGCAUGGUUGACGGUGCUUAAAGAAGGCCAUGUGUUUCUGGCCAAGUACGAUCUCGUUCUGUGCAGCACUGCUCUACCCAAGUUCGUACAGGUGUGUGCCCAAGAUUUCUGGUCCUCGGAAAAUUUGGACGUGGUAUCGGCCGCCUCCAAUGCCCUAAAGGACGUUCUGUACGAGUGCGUUCAGCCGUGCUGUGUCGAUGCAGUAGAAGUAGAAAAACAUCGUGCUUCACUGGAGAAGGUACUGAAGUACGUAAUAGACGUGCUCUGUACAGCUCCGUUUGGCCAUGCGUCCAAGCAAGUGUUGAUCAUUUUAGCCGUAGCGUUUGAUACCGCCGGACAAUACUUUGGUGAAACGCUGGCACCAGCCUUGACUACGCUCGGCACGCGCUACGAUCCUCAGUCCUCGACUCGCAUCCAAAUCGAGCAUGCCGUCCUGCAAGCCGUCGGUUCCAUGGACACCAGCCUGGUAUUGCGGUGUAUUCCACUCGCAGGAGAGGAUGGAAAGAUUGAUCUUGAUCAUACAUGGAUGCUGCCAUUAUUGCGCGAAGGUCUACAGAACUCGAGCUUUGAACUGUUCAACAACGUCAUUUUGAAACUCGCCUACCAAUGCUAUAUGCUGUGGCAAAAGUUCAAGGAAACGGACAAUAAACAUCAGGCGCACAUCUUUGAAUUGUUGUGCUGUCAACUUUGGGGUCUGUUUCCCGGAUUCUGUCGCAAGCCGAGGGAUGUGUCCAACUUCCGCUUGAUUGCGAAAACACUCGGUAUGGUGCUGAACGAAAAUCCCGACCUACGGUCCCCUAUAUUGGAUGGGUUGAAGGAGCUGAUUACACACCUCGAAACACCCACCGAUCGAGCAGAAAUAGGAAAGUAUGCGAAAAAUUUCCUGCCCCGUUUGUUUAACAUCUACACCACGAAACCAAACGGCAGUUAUGAGAAUGAAGUACGCCAAGCCGCAUUCCAAACGAUACAAGCAUACCUUUCCAUCACACCGGAACCAGUACUGAACGAAAUGUUCAACGUGGCAUUGCAGCAGCUGCAAGAAAAGGCACCCGGAACAUUUAUUUACGACACACUAUUCGACAUUGUGGAGCAACUGGCCCUCUACCAAACGGAGGAGAAGCUGAGCGAGAUUUAUAAAAAGUACAUUACGGUUAUACUAAAACAGGAUAAGAAACAGGAAACGGUCGCCAAAACGAACGCUAACAUACGUCGGCAGAUGAAGAAAGCGUUCAAGUUGUUGCACGAAAUUUUGGCCUCAGAAAACGAAGGCUGUGUGGCGUUUGUAGACGCAAAGAUGGGCAAUAUCGAAAAGCUGCUCCUGGGUACGAUGCACUUGACGUACGACGGCAUACAGGCGCCACGUUUAGCAUGUUUGAAACAGAUAUUGGAAAAAAAGUCACCGGUGAUAUUGAAUGGCAAAUUGGUGACGCGUACAAUCUCCGAAGCGGUCGCCACGUACCAUAUGGAGCUUAUAAAGAAGGAAAACAUUGGUACGGAAUUGCUGGAGAAGAUCGGUGAACUGUUCGAUAAUGAAGAAAAAAUCAACGAAUUUAUCGAGCUCAUUAUUGCUGGCUUUAUGGGCGACAGUCAGUUGAUCACCAACACGAUUUGUGUGCUGCGCACUGUGCUGGAAAACUUUACCGGAUCGUUGUCGAUCGAUUCGCUUAAAUUCAUGCUCGACCAGGUGCUUACCUUCCUGUUGGGCAAAUCACGAACCGAGGUCGAUGCUGCGUUGCAUUUCUUGUUCACUUACACCAAAAUUCUUCCGGUUCCACUUGUGACCAACUAUCUUCCCUUGAUCGUAAACUCUCUCUCGCUGAUGGUUAAGGACACGAAGCGUCAUUGCCGGUUGCUGAUGGGCUAUAUUUGGAAGAAGUUGUGUAAGCGGUUUGGUGCACAAGAAGUUAUAAAGCUUGUACCAGGCAACGACGAGGAAACGCAUAAGCGUCUGAAGAAGAUCCGAAAGGAUCUUGCUCGGGCGAAACGCAAUAAACAGGAUCGUGAAGGCAAGCAGGACGCCGAUGCGGAGGACGACGACAAUGAACCUGAUUUCGCAAGUGGACUGCAGACGAAGAGCUUAACGAUUGAUGAUAUCCUCGCGGAUUCAGAUUCGGAUUCCGGUGUGGAAGAUGAAAGGAAGAGUCGCGCAAAGAAGAAGGGUGUGGAUACGUAUAUUAAGGAGUCGGAAGAUAACAUAGUUGAUUUGGCGGAUUUGGAUGCGAUCGGAAAGAUUACAACCAAUGCCCCGAUGGAAGAGAAGGAUCAGUCACGUGCCGGUCCCAGCAAACAGCGAAAGGAUGCAAACCGUGGCUUCAAAACGGCCUCCGAUGGUCGGCUCAUCAUCACGGAUAUUGAAGAUUAUUCCGAUUCGGAUGAGGAUCCGGACGAGGCUGUUGGGUAUGAGGAUAAAGCCAAAAAGCGUAUCUAUGACGAGGAAGACAGCGAUGACAGUCAGGCCGAAAAUGACUGUGAACCGAACGCAGAAGAUGACGGACCUUCGUCACGGAAGCGUAAGGCUAUCGAUGCGCUCAGUGCUCGGUCGGGCAUGACGGGCACGUCGAGCCGAUAUGUGGCCGGCGGCAAGGGUAUCCAUCGUCCGACGGCUGCGUCCGUCAAGUCUGGUUACAGCAGUAAGACGAACCGGACGGCCAAAUCGAACGCUUCGACCGGUGCCGAAUAUCGUACUAAGAAAGCAUCCGGAGAUAUGCUACGAAAGGGCAAGCAUGAACCAUACGCUUAUGUUCCGCUCAGCCGUAAUUCUCUCAAUCGAAGGAAACGAUCGAAAAAUGCCGGACAAUUUAAGAGCAUUGUAAAGGGUGCGAGGAAAGGAGCAGCUGCCGGAUCUAAAAAACGUCUUCUAAAAGCUGGCACGAAACGAAAGUAGUUUGAAACAAUCGGAAAAUAUGACCAGCAAAAAACAUAUUCGGAGAAUUAUGCGAAGGAAAAGAGCAAAACUGAAUAACUUUGCUUUUCGUCGUCAGAAAGUUGUUUAUAAUUUGAAAUAGAAGUUAAAAUAAUUGUUCGUAUCCAUAAAAAAAGAAUAUUGUUCUAGCUA